GUGGAGGUUGCCCGGACCCGCACGCUUCAGCUCCGCCAGAGCUCCCCGCGGCGACCGUGCCGGGCGGCUCUCGCGCGCCAUGUCUUGGCUCUUCGGGAUCAAGGGCCCCAAGGGCGAGGGCGCGGGGCCGCCGCUGUCCCUGCCGCCCGCUCAGCCCGGGGCCGAGGGCGGCGGAGACCGCGGCGGGGGGGACCGGCCGGCUCCCAAGGACAAAUGGAGCAACUUUGACCCCACGGGCCUGGAACGUGCGGCCAAGGCGGCGCGGGAGCUGGAGCACUCGAGACAUGCUAAGGAGGCACUGAGUCUUGCACAGAUGCAGGAGCAGACAUUGCAGCUGGAGCAACAGUCCAAGCUAAAGGAGUACGAGGCUGCUGUGGAGCAGCUGAAGAGUGAGCAGAUCCGCGUGCAGGCUGAGGAAAGGAGGAAGACUCUGAGUGAGGAGACACGGCAACACCAGGCUAGAGCCCAGUACCAAGACAAGCUGGCCCGGCAGCGCUAUGACGACCAGUUGAAGCAACAGCAACUUCUCAAUGAGGAGAAUUUACGGAAGCAGGAGGAGUCGGUGCAGAAGCAGGAGGCCAUGAGGAGAGCCACAGUGGAACGGGAGAUGGAACUGCGCCACAAGAAUGAAAUGCUUCGCGUGGAGGCCGAGGCUCGGGCACGGGCCAAGGCUGAGCGUGAGAACGCGGACAUUAUUCGUGAGCAGAUACGCUUGAAGGCUGCUGAGCACCGCCAGACCAUCCUGGAGUCCAUCAGGACAGCUGGCACCCUGUUUGGUGAAGGAUUCCGUACCUUCGUGACAGACUGGGACAAAGUGACAGCCACGGUGGCUGGGCUGACACUGCUGGCCCUCGGAGUCUACUCUGCUAAGAAUGCCACAUCUGUUGCUGGACGGUACAUUGAAGCCCGGCUGGGGAAGCCGUCCCUGGUGCGAGAGACGUCUCGUAUCACGGUGCUGGAGGCUCUGAGACACCCUGUGCAGGUCAGCAGGCGGCUCCUCAGUAAGCCUCAGGACGCACUAGAGGGCGUCGUCCUCAGUCCCAGCCUGGAAGCACGCGUGCGGGAUAUCGCCAUAGCAACGAGGAACACCAUGAAAAACAGGAGCCUAUACAGGAAUAUUCUGGCAUAUGGGCCUCCUGGCACCGGCAAGACACUGUUCGCCAAGAAACUGGCGCUGCAUUCAGGCAUGGACUACGCCAUCAUGACAGGCGGGGAUGUGGCCCCGAUGGGGCGGGACGGCGUGACUGCCAUGCACAAGGUCUUCGACUGGGCCAGCACCAGCCGGCGAGGCCUCCUGCUCUUCGUGGAUGAAGCCGAUGCCUUCCUCAGGAAGCGAGCGACUGAGAAGAUAAGUGAGGAUCUCAGGGCCACCCUGAAUGCAUUCCUGCACCGGACGGGGCAGCACAGCAGCAAGUUCAUGCUGGUCCUGGCCAGCAACCAACCCGAGCAGUUUGACUGGGCUGUCAACGACCGCAUUGACGAGAUGGUCCGCUUUGACCUGCCCGGGCGGGAGGAGCGGGAGCGCCUGGUGAGGAUGUAUUUUGACAAGUAUGUUCUGAAGCCAGCCACAGAAGGAAAGCAGCGCUUGAAGCUCGCUCAGUUUGACUACGGGAAGAAGUGCUCCGAGAUUGCACAGCUGACAGAGGGCAUGUCGGGCCGGGAGAUCUCCCAGCUUGCUGUGGCAUGGCAGGCCAUGGCAUAUGCUUCCGAGGAUGGGGUCCUCACUGAGGCGAUGAUGGAUGCCCGAGUCCAGGAUGCCAUGCAGCAGCACCAGCAGAAGAUGCAGUGGUUGAAGGCUGAGGGGACCAGACCUGAGGGUGGCCAGUUCCUGAUCCCAAGUACACAGGCUGAAUGAGCUGGGCCUGAGUACCCAGAUGGCUUUACCAGGAAGAAGCACCAAGAUGCCCACAUCUCAUGGUGAUCGGCCUACACAGCCGCCCACCUCAGCAUUUUUAAAUACUCCUCCAGUCAGGGCCAGGACAGCAUUAAAGGCCUCUGCUUGGGACCAGCGGCAGCUGUGGCGUCUUUGUGGUGGGGUUGGCUCCUCUGUCCUCCAGACUGUGGUGCUUGCUGGAGAGAGCCAGGCUGGGGCCAUCCCCUGACCCCAGGACGCUACUGGGAGAUAUGUUUCCAAGCCAGACCCAUGCCUAGGAACAGUGGUGAAGUUGGCACUGCCGGUUCUCAGGUGCUGGCUAAGCUCUCCUGGCUGCUACAUCUGUGACCAGAGGGGCCUAGGUGAGGGAGGUCGGGGCAUGGGUAGGGGCCUGACCUUGCCCAGUCUCACCCAGCAAGUGAGGGUUGUGCAGAGCACGUCAUUGUACUGCUGGGUGGGAGCUGCUUCUCCCAGUCUGCCCCCACUCCCUGAACUAGGGAGAGGGAGAAGCCCUGCACACAUCUGACUGUGAUGCACCCAGGGGUAAGAACUAGCUGCCAGCAAUUGGUGCGAGUGCCUGCAAGACCCCAGACCCAUUGGCCAGGAACUUCUGGUGUGUGGUGGGGUUUCCCUUACCCAAGGGAUGUGGCCCUCCAUCCAUUGGAGUUGGGGUCUUUUUAUCAGAAUCCAAUAAAAACUCUUGACAGGAUACCUCA